AUGAAAGCCUGCGACUUGUUCAUACGACUCCUCUCACUUUUGGCGCUGGUCAUCGGCGUCUGCUCAAUGGUCGACUAUGAUCGACAAGUCUUCACGCACGUCUGGACGAGCCAGUCACCUGGAUCAAGGAGACAGACAUUCGGAGGCGCCCAGGUCGAUACUGCAGUUUCCGUGCGCCACAACCCUAGUCGACAAGAGCCCCUCGCCAUUUUCGUCAACAAUCCUUUAGAAGUACCUGUGAUGGUCCGGGUCAAAGUCAUUGGCAUAGACGGCAACCCUUUCCCGAACUCCAUCACCGACCACUUCAUUCGGCCCAACCCGCGACCCUGGCGAGAAACACGAGUGCGCGCAUUGGACGAGCUUCCACUAUCAGUAGAGGUUCAAUAUUUAAUUACCGGGGCGGAAUACGAGAGGCUCCUAGGAGCAGGACCCUCGAUCCAAAGACAAGAGUCUAUCGCGCUCCCCUCUGACGAAGUCCCCCACUCUGAACCAGGGUCCCCCUCUCAUGAAUAG